AUGAAGCUCGUCCGGUUCUUGAUGAAGUGUGCCAACGAGACGGUCACCAUUGAGCUCAAAAAUGGCACCAUUGUCCACGGCACCAUCGCGUCCGUCUCGCCCCAGAUGAACACCGCCCUCCGCAACGUCAAAAUGACCCCCAAGGGCCAAGACCCAAUCCCCCUCGACACCAUGAACCUGCGCGGCAGCACCAUUCGCUACUUUAUCCUCCCCGACAGCUUGCCGUUGGACACCUUGCUGGUGGACGACGCGCCCAAGCCCAAGAACAAGGCGCGCAAGGAGUCGGACCGCACGGCCGGUGCAGGCGGCGGCCGCGGUGGGCCACGGGGCCGUGGCCGGGGUGGUCGGGGCGGUGGACGCGGCUUUGGCGGUGGUGGACGUGGUCGGGGCGGGUUCCGCGGGCGGGGGUAG